AUGACGGUUCUAGCUGAUGAUGAUGGGCGUGGCUGCAAGGCGUCUGCAGAUGCCAGCAAUGCAGUACACGAAGACUCCGAUCAGGCUGAGGCGCCCACUAACGCAGCGCCCACUGUUACACGCGUGCCACUUCACGGCCCCGUGGACACCUACGAUGUCAUGUGUGCGAAAGUGAUUUUUGCGCUCUGCGGCAGCGUCUUUCCACAUCCUCUUUUACUUGCUCAACAGUUACUUGGCAUCGAAGAUCAAGAUUUUCCAGAGUUCCAGCUGAGCGUCGCGGAGGCGGGCAACAACUGCGUAGAUAUUGUUGCAGCCUACCUUACAAACCUCCGUGUCAUGCAACAGGAAGAGGAUCCCAACCCCCCCGUCUCCCUCGCAAUGAUCCAGCCACGCCACGCUGCGACGGUUGCUUCCGUCGCAGCUAAAGCUCGUGACCUGUUGUCUGAGCUUGCACUCGCGCGCGCCACUGUAAAGCCCCGCAAGGCUCCCAAGAACAAAGCCAUCGAGUCUGCGGCACGCGCAGCUGCGGCAGCCGCAGCCACGGCUGUCUCGUCCUCCAACCCAACCACCACAACAACCGCCACCAACUCCACAUCCCAAAUACCAAGCGCCGCUGGAUCUACAAACAGCUCUAUGUCUUCAAGCUCCACUUCAGAGACAAGCGCGACAAGCAGCGGCUGCAGCUCCAGUGUUAAUGCAGACGUCCUGGUUUCGGAGUCGCCAUCGGAUGCGGCCAUCAACGCCUAUUGCUGUGAAAUGGACGCUGAUUACGGCGGAUGCGAGACCCUGGCCGAAGACUCAUCUGGAAGCAACAGCAGCUGCUACAGUGGCGGCGGUUACGAAGUGGGCGGCGGUCAUCAGGACACGUCCAGGCUAGGUGACGCCGACGCACCUCGCACGGUACGGGAGGAGGAGGAGCGGUUGCUGUUCGCGCUGCAGGGCCCAGCGGCCGCGGAAACACUCAAAGUGGUUCGUGCGAAACCCGCAGUCACCAUCCUCGCAGUGCUCUUCUUCUUCUUCUUCUUCUUCUUCUUCUUCCUCUCGUUCCAGUGUCCAGCCGCAGUAUGUGUACCACAUCUUAGUAAUUAUCUCAACGCUGGGUUGAGAUCCCUGAUAUGGAGAUUGGAUUACGGCAAGGGCGGCGGCAAGACUACGGCGGCUGGUAUUUCGCUGGCGGCGCCGUCACAGGAUAGUCGCGCUGGGCCUUAUGGUGGCGGGCCUGCGGCUAACAGCCAACAAACAACCACCUCAACCACCAACAGUCCCGGCAACCACCAAUCUAACCACCACACGGCUAACAACAUUCAGAGCCCAGCCAUGUCCAACAAUAACAGCCAACCCUCUACCCCAACCAACAACGGCAACGCCGCGUCCGCGACUGCCGUACACUCGACCCACGCCGCUGUCGCGCCCGGUGCCUCCUCCGUCGGCUCCUCAAGCUGCGUUAGCGCGGCCGCCGCCGCCGCCACUGCAGCGAGCAGCAGCCCGCGGGCAUCUGCCCCGCCGCCUCCACCUCCCAUCCGUUCAGCCUCCACCGCGGCUCAGUUCGCCAUUGGGCAGGGCUCCAGCCCCACGGCCGCCGGUAGCGGCAACGGUAGCGGAAGCCAGGUAGCACCUCCGCAACGCCGCAGUCAGGAAAUCAGUAGUGGCAAUAGCCACGGUGGGGCUGCGGGACGUGGAGCUGGCAGCAGCCAUUCAGGCUCGGCGCUGCAUACGGCACUCUCCUGCCCCGUCAGUGGAUUGCAAGACGCGCUGGCCUCGACGGGGGCGGCGGCAGUAACGGUGCCGGCCUUGGGCUCCCCGCUGCCCGGCGCUGUCGCCGGCCAUCUAAACCAACAGCACCAGCAACAACAGCAGCAGCAACAGCAGCAGCUUGCCGUCGCGCAUCUGCUAGGUCUUCGUGCUUCGUACGGCAACAACACGUACGGAAAUUUGGUCGCGCUCCAGGGCGCCGCUCUCGUCAACGCGGCGGCAGCCGCGGUGGCCGCUGGCGGCUUAGCACCCUUUGCCGGCGCCGCCAGCCCCUCCGCCAGUGCCGCUGCUACUGGCCGCAUGGAUGCCUUGAACCCACUGAACUCUGUUGCCGCCACGACUGCGGCGCUCGAGCUGGCGGCGGCGCAGCAGGCGCUUAGUGCUGCCGCUGCCAACGGCAUGCACCAUUUGAACUCCCACAUGGGGUUUGGAGCAGCGGCCGCUGCGGCGGCGGCGGCGGCGGCGGCCGCCGGAUUUGGCGGUCAAGCCGCCGCCAUGCAAGCCGCCGGCCUCGCCUCGAGCCAGUUCCAGUUGGGAUCUCCGAGUCAGUUGAGUGGUUCCGGAGCCCCCGGUUUGGGUGGUUUAACUUCGGCCGCGGCGGCAGCGGCGUUGAUGCAGCAGCACCACCACAAUCACCAUCACCACCACCAACAGCCGCAUCAUCAGCAGCACAGCCAUCAGCAGCAACAGCACGCGGCCGCGGCGGCAGCGGCGGCGGCGCUGCUGCAAAGCGGCGGCUGUGGUGGGCUGUUCAUGGCGGCAGCGGCGGAUUCCAUGAAGGGCGCAGCGGGGGCGGCUGCUGCGGAUUGGGGUGACAUGUUUCUCCAAGCUCAGCUGGCAGCUACAGGAUCUCUGUAA